ACGUGGCAAAGUCUAAACCGCGGCGUCUAUGCGUUCGAAAUGGGACAGCAGCUUUUCGACCUGUAUUCAGUGGUACUCAUGUUUUCAAGAAGUGCACUAUCUUCGUGUCGGGUGUCACGAAAAGUGCAAUGUCUGUCCUCCCCGACACGAUCAUUAGCCUCAGUAGCUAGCACUUCCUCUGCAAUACCUUCGCCACCACCUCCACGUCAAAAGUCUGCUUCAGGAACACUCAAACCUGUCCUGAAUACCGCCGUUAUCCUCACCCGUUCUCCUAUCAUUACGCGGACACCUACGCCGUUUGAACGCACUUACUUUGGAUACCAUGCGCGCAUCCAGCGCGCACUACACAACCCAUUCCCUUAUGACUUCUACUUCAAGCCUGGUUCAUUACUAGAAGGAAGGUUCAGAGAAAAGGAACGCGAACGUGAGCGCGAAGCGUUUGGUGGUCCUAGAAAGACUAGUACCACAGCGGAGGAGGGGGCAGAGGAUGCUCCUGCUGCUGCCAAAGACGUCGAGGUACUAGGCGGCGAAGAGGAAGUCACGACUGUGCCUCGGGAGCAUGAGUCUGAUAGGAAUGGAGAUGUGAAAGAUUUAAACAGGCAAGGUGAACGUAACCUGCAUCUCCUGAUACUGGGGAAGAACGCCUCAGGGAAGCAUGUUUGGCGAUUCCCGCAAGGAGGCCUUGAGCAGGAUGAACUUCUUCAUGAGGCUGCUCAGAGGGAUCUUCAUGCGGAAUGUGGUGCCAAAAUGGAUACCUGGAUUGUCAGCAGAAAUCCGAUAGGUGUCCACCAACCUUCGCCGGAAGAGCAGUUAUACGUCUUCUUCUACAAGGCACGUAUUCUGUCAGGACAAGUGCACCCAGACGGCAACAACGUCACAGACUUUGCCUGGCUCACAAAACAGGAGAUCGAGCCUCGCGUAGAGAGGCCUUACUGGCUCGGGAUUAAGGAUAUGCUAGCUGACUUCUGACUUCUAAUAUACUAAUCUAUGUGAUCUACGUUACAUUUUAGCGGCUAUCCACAUUCUGCCUAUACUGUUGGGCUUAGACCAACUUGUUCGAGAUUGCAUUGACGACAUUUUCUGCAUCUCGUCGAAGUGGCCUGGCAUUUGGUUAUCUUGUAGAUGUGCUUGGAAGAUUUCUUGACUAAAUCCGAGAACAAGAUGAGACACGAACAACGCAAAAGUUUCAACUGGAUGGUAAAGACGUUGGAUCUAUUUCUGGAUCACAUUGGAAACGAAACGUCACCUCUACCAGGUUAACUGCACAGAUGAAUUUUCUGCCGUACAGAACAUACAUACAUAUAACCACUACUAGUAUGGGCUCAUCCUAAUGGCCUAAUACAUCACCUUGAAGGUG